AGUGCUAUGUGUUGCCAGGCGGUGUGCAAGAUGGCGCCAACACUACAGCAGGCGUACCACCGGCGUUGGUGGAUGGCAUGCACCGCUGUGCUGGAGAAUCUCUUCUUUUCUGCUGUGCUGCUGGGCUGGGGCUCCUUGCUCAUCAUGCUCAAACAUGAGGGCUUCUACUCCCACCUCUGCACAGAUGAGAAUGCCACCGAGGCCCACGCCAACCUCAGCACAGGGCCCAGGGCCAGGCUGCUUGCCUUCCACUGGCCCAGCUGUGUGGAACAGGAGGAGAUGCUGAACCUGGGCUUCACCAUUGGCUCCUUCCUGCUCAGUGCAGCCACCCUGCCACUGGGGGUACUCAUGGACAAACUGGGCCCACGGCCCCUGCGUCUCCUUGGCAGCUCCAGCUUUGCUAUCUCCUGUGCCCUGAUGGCCCUAGCUGCCUACAAACCCCAAGUUCUGUCCCCACUGAUUUUCCUGGGCCUCUCCCUGAAUGGGUUCGGGGGUAUCUGCCUGACCUUCACUUCCCUCACGCUGCCCAAUAUGUUUGGGAACCUGCGCUCCACCUUCAUGGCUCUCAUGAUCGGCUCCUAUGCCUCCUCAGCUGUCACCUUCCCUGGAGUCAAGCUGAUUUAUGAUGUGGGCAUUUCCUUCAUUUCCAUCAUGCUGACUUGGGCAGGCCUGGCCUGUCUCAUCUUCCUCAACUGCUUCCUCAACUGGCCCAAGGAGUCCUUCCCAGCACCGGAGGAGGCCAGCUACACGAAGAAGAUCAAGCUGAGUGGGCUGGCGCUGGACCACAAGGUGACUGGUGACCGCUUCUACACCCAUGUCACCACUGUGGGGCACCGCCUCAGCCAGAAGGCGGCACCACUGCAGGAGGGCAAGGCACUGUGUCCCUCCACGCAGGACCUGUGCCACAAGGACACGGCAGCUACUGAACGCUCAGUCCCCUUCCGCCGCAGCGUCUGUUCCCCCAUCUUCCUGUGGAGCCUGAUCACCAUGGGCAUGACCCAGCUGCGCAUCAUCUUCUACAUGGCUGCCAUGAACAAGAUGCUAGAGUUCCAGGUCACUGGUGGGAGCGAAGAUGAAAAGCUGCAGGAGGUGGCGGAGCACAUAGUGAGCAUUUACUCCUCCAUCUUUGGGGUCAUGCAGUUGCUCUGCCUCUUCACCUGCCCCUUCAUUGGCUAUGUGAUGGACUGGCGCAUAAAGGACUGUGUGGAUAGCCCGCUGGGCUCUGGGGACAGAGCAUCAGGGGCUGGGCUGGAAAAGCCAGGGGCCAAGCCCCGGUACCGUAAGGUGCAGAAGCUCACCAAUGCCAUUCGUGCUUUCACUUUCACCAACAUACUACUUGUGGGCUUCGGUGUCACCUGUCUCAUUGACAAUCUGCCUUUGCAGUUCCUGACCUUUGUGCUGCACACCAUGGUGCGAGGGUUCUUCCACUCCGCCUGCGGGGGCCUUUAUGCUGCUGUGUAUCCAUCCAAUCACUUUGGCACCCUGACAGGCCUGCAGUCACUCAUCAGUGCCGUCUUUGCCUUGCUCCAGCAGCCACUGUUCAUGGCCAUGGUGGGGCCACUGCAAGGCAACCCCUUCUGGGUCAAUUUAAGCCUCCUCAUCUUCUCACUCCUGGGCUUCCUGCUCCCUUGCUACCUUUGCUACUUCCGCCAGACCCUGCUCUGUGACCAGGCUGCUCCAGGAGGCCCCACAGACCAGGCCGAAGGGGCUCAAGUGAAGCUCCAGGACAGCAUGGCCACCAAUGGCAAGCUGAGUGCUGACGACACUGCCGCAUAGUCCGAGGAAAGGGGAUUGGGGGGGGGGGGGG